AUGGCUCUCGGGUGGCUGAUGCUUGUUCAUUGGGAGCCUCCUGGUAUCGAGACCAUGGUUGACGACGGGCUUUGCCAACUUCAAGUACAUAUCGAUCGGUUCGUCAGCAUCAGCGGCAUGACUACACAGUGGAAGCACCGUGUUCUUCAUCAGCCUGCCUCCGUCUUCGUUAUCGUCAUCGGUGUGAGCAUUCUUUGGAUUGUUCUUUCGCAUCUCUCUUCGUGGAGGCAUCAGCAUGUUGUCCAGGCACCGGCAACACAAGAGUCGUCUAGUCUCACCUCACUUGAAUCAUCAUCGCCACCGCCUCGAGCCAACAAUAAAAACACUUCGCCAACAAGUAAUGAUAUAGUCCGCAUUGUCCUAACGACAGCAGUUCAUCGCCCAGCAGGUCCCAGCUUGAACGUCUCCUACCUCCGAAAUGGCAAUCAUACCGUUGUACGCACCAGCUGUGUGUCAAAUCCAGAAUCACAGACACCGCUCGUCGCCAACCUCAGCAAGCAAAACUUCUUAGCACUUGCGGAGACUGCGCCUGUCAGCUACGACACGCUCCAGCGCAACGGCAUCCUCAAUCGUGAUGGAACACUGACGAAGAAGUACAGCCCUGGCUUGGGCAAGGGGAAGAAGCUCGCGCUGGAUGAUAAAGAGGCAGUGGGUUCCUACGACAGCCCAACGGCAACUUCGGGGCGUCCGAAACAGUCUCCGAGGACCACAAAGGAAGUUCAUUGUCAGGCAGAGUAUGUGAAGGCACUCUGGGUGGACGAUCCAGAUGAUGAGCUGGUGCAGCAUUUAUCGCCUGCGAAGGGGAAAUGGUAG